ACCACUCCCGGCACGCCCCGGGGCGGCGCCGGCGCAGGGGCGCGUGCGCGGCGGCCGGCCGUUGGCUGGUUCGGCGGCUGCGCGGGUCGCGGGGCUGUGAGGUCUGCGGCCGCUGGCAAAUCGGGCCCAGGAUGUACAGCCGGCGGUGCCUGACGGCGCGUGUGACGCGGACCUUGCUGGCGUAGAGAGUAGGGGGCGGUAGUCGGGGGUGGUGGGAGAAGGAGGUGGCGGCGACGAAUCACUUAUAAAUGGCGCCCAAACAGGACCCGAAGCCUAAAUUUCAGGAGGGUGAACGGGUAUUGUGCUUUCAUGGGCCUCUUCUUUAUGAAGCAAAGUGUGUAAAGAUUGCUAUAAAGGACAAACAAGUGAAGUAUUUUAUACAUUACAGUGGUUGGAAUAAAAAUUGGGAUGAGUGGGUUCCAGAGAGCAGAGUGCUCAAGUAUGUGGACACCAACCUGCAGAAGCAGCGGGAGCUUCAGAAAGCCAACCAGGAACAAUAUGCGGAGGGGAAGAUGAGAGGGGCUGCUCCAGGAAAGAAAACCUCUGGUCUGCAACAGAAAAAUGUCGAUGUGAAAACAAAGAAGAAUAAACAGAAAGCACCGGGAAAUGGAGAUGGUGGCAGCACCAGUGAGACUCCUCAGCCUCCUCGGAAGAAGAGGGCCCGCGUAGAUCCUACCGUUGAAAAUGAGGAAACAUUCAUGAACAGAGUGGAAGUUAAAGUGAAGAUUCCUGAAGAGCUAAAACCAUGGCUUGUGGAUGACUGGGACUUAAUUACCAGACAAAAACAGCUCUUUUAUCUUCCUGCCAAGAAGAAUGUGGAUUCCAUUCUGGAGGAUUAUGCGAAUUAUAAGAAAUCCCGUGGAAACACAGAUAAUAAGGAAUAUGCUGUUAAUGAAGUUGUGGCAGGGAUAAAGGAGUACUUCAAUGUCAUGCUGGGCACUCAGCUGCUGUACAAGUUCGAGAGGCCACAGUAUGCUGAAAUCCUUGCCGAUCACCCCGACGCACCCAUGUCCCAGGUGUAUGGGGCACCACAUCUGCUGCGAUUAUUUGUGCGAAUUGGAGCGAUGUUGGCCUAUACACCUCUGGAUGAGAAGAGCCUUGCUUUAUUGCUGAAUUACCUUCAUGAUUUCCUGAAGUACCUGGCAAAGAAUUCUGCGACUUUGUUCAGUGCCAGUGACUAUGAAGUGGCUCCCCCUGAAUACCACAGGAAAGCCGUGUGAGAGGCUCGCUCAGUCACUCACCCACUCACUCACUUACUCACUAAUGUUUGCAUCUCUGUAAACACGUUUUUGUUCUAGUCCUCUUGUACAAAUGAUGUACUUUGAAGAUGUUAGUGUAUAACAGAAUUGAUGUUUGUUUUCUGUUUGAUUUUAAACAGAAAAAUUAAAAAGGGUUGCAGCUCCCUUUUUCCUUUUCUUUACUCAUUUCAAAGUUGCUGCCAGUGUAUUCAGUGACGGACAGCAGAGGGACGUGCUGUAGAGUAUUCUGUUGCCUGGUUGACAGCUGCUUUGAAUGCUGGUGGUUCUCGUCCUUUGACACUGCGCACUUUUAUAAUAUGUGUUAAUGCUCUAUGACAAGAUGCUCUGACUCCUAGUGCCAAAGGUUCAAUUCCGUGUAUAUAACUGAACACACGCAUCCAUUUAUGCUUUUUUCUCCCCCCUUUUCUUCUUUUUUAUGGUGCUUAAAGUAAAGAGCCCACCCUUGGCAAGUCAUCCAUGUUGUUCCUUAGGCAUUUUAUCUUUGCUCAGUUGUUGGAGAAUGGUGGCUUGUUUCAUGGUUUUGUAUUUGUGUCUAAUGCACGUUUUAACACAAUAGACGCAAUGCAUUGUGUAGUUACAGUUUUCUGGAAAAGUUGAUCUUUUAGGAAUUGUUUUUCAGAUCUUCAAUAAAUUUUUUCUUUAAAUUUCAAA